AUGGGCUCCACUACUUCCACUACCCCCACAAGCUCAGUCACCUCUGCGACUCCCACGAACACGAACAACUCUAAGAAGCCUGCGGGCUCGACCCCCGCUGCUCCCACCGGGGCUUUGUCGGCCGUCGCUCCGGUCGUCGGAAAGAGUCGCAAGAAGAGUCGCCGCCGCAACCGCCAGAACAAUUUGCGCGACGAGGUCGAGUCUAACCGCGACGACGACGCUGCGGCCCACGCUCGUAACCUCAACCUCCUGAAGCAUUUCUUCCCCGACGUCUGGAGGGCCCAGCUCAACUGCCCCAAUGACUUUAACCUCUGGGUUUACGUCAACGCCGAGGACCCGUACCUUUGCCACCGGCUCAACGGUGGUGUACCCCUGGGCGUGCCCUUCCCCAACCAGUCGCCUGGUGGCCCUUCGCGCCUGGGCCCGCUGGAGAUGCAGGUGUACUAUGCCCUAAAGAGUAUACAGAACAGGCGCUCGUAG